UUAGCGGCGUUGAUGAAUGAAAUUAUUAAUAAAUUUUUUUUACGAUAUCUUUUCUGAAAGUUUCAAUUUAACCUUGAGAUCUGCAUAAUUCUCAUCUCUUCUUCAAAAGGUGUUUUAAAUAAUUAUUUUUAAAAAAGUUUGAACCGACUUAGAAAUUUCCGCCGACGUUGACUAGAUAUCUCCAAUAGUGAGCCAGUAAUUCGUAUGUGGAAGAGUGUUAGGGUUUCGUGCCAUAAAUUUUUCUGUUAAUUCACAGAUCUGCUAUUUUUCUACAUUUCCAGCUAACUCGAUUGGAGUUUUUCCUGAUUAACAGGAUUUGAUUUACCGUCUGAAAUAUGAAUCGCUACGCAAUCCACCAAAACAGCUUUGCUGCCUAUGAAGAGGUGAGGGGCAGAUCUGCAGAGAUGAAGGAAACCGUCAUCUGCCCUAAGCCGCGGCGGCUCGGCUUGCUCCAGACCACGCUUCAUGACCCGAGACCUCUGAGAUGGCACGCCAGCCAUCACCAAGAGCUAUUUGAUUCCAAAGCCGGAACCGAGCUUCUGGACAUCAUCCUAGAAAAGGGUGGUUGUGGUAGUGAUCAAGCAGUCCCACCGGUAGUCUCGUCGUCGCCCCCAUUUUUUUCAGGGUCGCCGCCGAGCAGAGUAUCUAACCCGCUAAUUCAGGAUGCGCGGUUCGGGGAAGAGCGCUUCACCCCCCCUGUUUCCCCCUCCUCCAGCCGCAAGGGGGGCUGUGUCCGGGCGAAUUUCGGGAACAACCCGGCCGUGAGGGUGGAGGGGUUCGACUGCCUAGACAGGGAUAGGCGCAACUGCAGCAUCCCUACCCUGGCUUAAAGGUUCCAACAUUUAGGAGAGUUUUGAAGAGAAGUGGAGGAUGAUGGAUCGAUCAUUCAAUUAUAUUUAGCUAAUACUUGUGUGAAUAUAUGGAAGUUGUUUGCAGGUGUCUGUAAUUAAAUGAUUGUGUAAAUAAGUUAAGUAUUGACCAGGAAAUAAUUUUAGGGAAGUUGAGAGGUCCCUCGCUUUUGCUGUAAUGUUGUAAGUAGAGAGGGGAGAGAGGAAGUUGUUUUGAGUUUGAGGUCAUUUUUGAGAUUUGAGUAGGGGCGAAAUAUGUAUAGAAUGAUGCUGGCGCUGAGUCAUGAUGUUUUGCAGUCGACAAAUUGAGUUUGUAAAUGAUGAAAUAUUAUAAAAUUUCAUUACUAUCUCCGUUUGAUA